AUGAACAUAAGAAUCAUGCGUAAAAACUUUGAUAAUUUCCUAGUAACCCUAAAAAGGUUGGAUCUUGAUUUCGACGCUAUUGUCUUCAGCGAGUGCUGGCUUAAUGAGGCAGGAGGAGUCGUUAUCUACAUAAGAGAUAAGUGGUCAGCCAACUUUUCCGAGCUGAACGUUGAAGAGCGUAAUUGUAUUCUCGCAGAAGUUGCAAAUAACUUCUCAGUAGUAGCCGCUUACAGAUCACCUGGUUACACCAACUCAGAAACAUUUAUUCGCUCUCUUGACGCUUACUUAAAAACGGUAAGUCCCACUUCUUGUCUUAUUUUUGCUGGAGACACAAACAUUAAUAUUAUUGGGUCCGCAGCUGAGAAAAACUUGCACACGAAGUACUUAGAUGUAUUAGCAGAGUACGGACUUUUUCCAGCUAUAACCAAACCAACUCGGGUCAAAACCCGCAUAGAUCACAUUUUUGUACCCUUAAAAUCUAAUGCGGAGUCCGUAGUCUAUCUCAAUGCUGCCACUGACCAUGAUAUCACUAUGGCAGGCAUAAUGUUAAAGACACACAAACCAAAACCUAUUCGAUCAAGAGUAAUAGUUGACACAGACUCAAUAAGAUCAGAGCUGGAAGGAACGGACUGGUCAACAGUAACAAAACUGCAGCUCUCUUGA